AUGCAGGAUGAAACUGAGCUAAGGGAAAAGACCUCCGGGAAGUCAGAUGAGACGAAGCCCUUAGUCCCGAACCAGAUGAAGUGGGACUUCAUCCUAGUAUGUGACAAACACAAGCCUGGCAGCAAGAAGGAUAAGAGGGAGGAAUUCUUGGACAAGUUGAAAAACAAAGGAUUUACCAUCGAGAAAAUCAAGGACAAGAAACUAUUCUAUGGGGUCCAUGCCCCGAGUGAAAUCUUCCAAAAAUACCAAUAUCUGCUGAAGAACUCAGACAGCGGGUUGCAGAAUCACCACACGGAAGAGGUGACCAUCACCACCAGGCUACGUAUCGUCAACUUUAUCCUGCAGAACACAGAGAUUUCUUCUGAGGAGACGCUCCGAAAACUGAUAAAGGCGAAGGUCUUUGAGGCAGCAUUCCCACUGCACGAGCAAGAAGGGCUGAGAAAGUUACUGAAGGAGAAUUGGGCCCAAUGGAGAAAGAUACUGAAGGAACAGUCAAUUGAGGAUAUCAGGAGUUAUUUUGGGGAGAAGGUGGCCCUGUAUUUUGCCUGGCUAGGCUGGUACACCCGCAUCCUGUUCCCAGCUGCUGUGCUGGGCCUGCUUGUCUUCCUAUAUGGGAUCUUUCAUUUUGAUUCCAGUCAGGUCAGCAAAGAGAUCUGUGAAGCCAACACCACCAUCAUGUGCCCACUCUGUGACCAGAAGUGCCCGUUCUGGCAGCUGUCAGAUACUUGCACCUAUGCCAAGGUCACUCACCUGUUUGACAACGAGGGGACGAUUCUCUUUGCAGUGCUCAUGGCUCUCUGGGCCACCGUGUUCCUAGAGCUGUGGAAGAGGAGAAGGGCUGAGGUGGUCAGUGGCUGGGAACUGUACGGGUGGGAUGAAGAUGAGGAGGAGCUGGCCUUGCAGCUGAUCAAUAACCCAGAGCAUAACCUCAAGGAGUACCAGCACUCUUAUAUCCGCAGCACUAUCCUGCUUCUCUUAGUCCUGCUUAUGAUCACCGUGCUCAUUGGCAUCGCCCAUGCGCUCGUCAUUUACCGGGUGGUGGCGACUGUAGUCUUCACCCAAAGCGACUUCGAGUUCUUCCGGGAACGGGCCAGCACCGUGGCGGUGAUGACGGGGGCUGUGCUGCAUUACAUCACCAUCGUCGUCAUGACCAAGGUGAACAGGCGUGUGGCGCUCUUUCUCUGUGAUCUGGAGACGCCACGGACAUUCUCGGAGCGUGAGAACAUCUUCACUGUGAAAAUCUUCACCUUCCAGUUCUUCACCUACUUCUCCUCACUGAUCUACAUCGCCUUCUUCCUGGGAAGGAUUAACGGCCGUCCUGGGAACUACGUGCGUGUAGCUGGCAAGUGGAGGCUGGAGGAGUGCCACCCAAGUGGCUGCAUCACUGAUCUCUUUAUCCAAAUGGCCAUCAUAAUGACCCUGAAGCAGACCCUGAGUAACUUCGUGGAGUACCUCACCCCCUGGCUAAGAUUAAGGUUCCAAAAAUCACUUGCCAACCCAAAGGACAAAGACAAGGUUCACAUGGAGAAAGGACCCAAGGACUCCUGCAAGGAGCAGUGGCUCAAGAACUACCAACUCAACGAGGUCAACGUCUUCAGCUUGUUCGACGAGUUCUUGGAAAUGAUGAUCCAGUACAGCUUCACCACCAUCUUUGUGGCUGCCUUCCCCCUCGCCCCGCUAAUGGCCUUCAUCAAUAACCUCUUUGAGAUCCGGCUGGAUGCCAUCAAGAUGGUGCAGCUGCAGAGGCGCAUAGUGCCUAGGAAAGCCAAUGACAUCGGCAUCUGGCUGCAGGUUCUGGAGGCCAUUGGUAUUUUGGCCGUCAUUGGCAAUGGCCUGGUGAUCGCCAUCACCUCAGACUUCAUCCCCAAGCAGGUCUACAAAUACACGUACAGCCCGUGCAUGCUGCAGAACCGCACCGAUAUCAACUGUUUGACAGGUUACAUCAACAACAGCCUCUCAGUGUUCCGUGUCCAGGACUUUGAGUGGCAGAUGAAGAUGCCCGAAAAGCUUCCAGAUUUUAUGAGGAGUGAGAUCACAGAAUGCAGGUACCGGGAUUACAGGAACUCCAAUGACUACAACUACUCUGUCCAGUUCUGGCAUGUUUUCGCAGCCCGGCUCGCCUUCCUUAUUUUAUUUGAGCACGUGGCUCUGUGCAUCAAGUUGAUUGCAGCCUGGUAUGUACCCGACAUCCCCCAAUCAGUUAAGAAUGGGCACCUGAAGAAAAAAUAUGAAAAUCUACAGGGAGAACUCAGGUUGGACUAUAUUUCACAUGAAGCACCACAGUCUCCCUCUAUUAACAAAGGGAAGUGGUACAUCAUGGGAGUCCCUGAUCAUGUUGCAUUACGGGAGAUGUAG